CAGUUCGAGAUGACGACAGUGGAAAAGAUCAAGGCCAUCGAAGAUGAGAUGGCCAAGACUCAAAAAAACAAGGCUACAUCUUUCCAUUUGGGUCAGCUUAAAGCGAAGUUGGCAAAAUUGAGAAGAGAGCUCUUAACUGAUGGUUCCUCUGGAGGUGGAGGUGCUGGUAUCGGUUUCGAUGUAGCUCGAACUGGUGUGGCGACUAUUGGGUUUGUUGGCUUCCCUUCUGUGGGUAAGUCGACGCUUUUAAAUAAGUUGACUGGUACCCAUUCAGAAGCAGCUGCAUAUGAAUUCACAACCUUAACUACAGUUCCUGGGACAAUCAAGUAUAAGGGUGCCAAAAUCCAAAUGUUGGAUUUGCCAGGUAUUAUCGAAGGCGCUAAAGAUGGUAAAGGUAGAGGUAGACAGGUUAUUGCUGUUGCACGUUCUGUGAAUUUACUUUUCUUGGUAUUGGAUGUGAACAAACCUUUGCAACACAAGAGAAUCAUCGAACAUGAAUUAGAGGGAAUGGGUAUAAGAAUCAACAAGGAACCUCCCAACAUUGUAAUACAGAAGAAAGAGAGAGGAGGCAUCAAUAUCACAAACACUGUGCCUUUGACCCACUUGGACAAUGACGAAAUUAGAGCAGUUAUGUCAGAAUAUAAGAUUAACUCAGCAAACAUUGCUUUCAGAUGUGACGCUACUGUUGAUGACUUAAUUGAUGCUAUCGAAGCCAAAGCAAGAAGAUACAUUCCUGCUAUCUACGUCUUGAACAAAAUCGACUCUUUUUCCAUUGAGGAAUUGGACUUGUUGACCAGAAUUCCCGACGCCAUUCCAAUCUCAUCAGGCAAUGGCUGGAACUUAGACGAUCUUCUUCAAAUGAUGUGGGACAAGCUCAAAUUGGCCAGAGUGUAUACAAAGCCUAAGGGUAAAUUACCUGACUUCAGUGAACCAGUUGUUUUGAGAAGUGAUAGAUCUACAGUAGAGGACUUCUGUAACUCUAUUCACAAGUCAUUGGUCGAAGACUUCAGAAAUGCUUUGGUUUACGGAACGUCAGUGAAGCAUCAACCUCAAAUUGUUGGUCUCAGUCACACACUUGAAGAUGAAGAUGUAAUUACAAUUUUGAAGAAGUAAAUAAUUGGGGUCGUAAGACGGUGCAUAGUAUACAAUAAG